AUGGUCAUACGACAAUAUUAUGUACUGGGUACAAUUGGUUUAUUAAUAAAUAUAGUUCUUUUUCUAGGAUGUCAAUUACGAUCAAACUCGUGCUGUAUUUAUUUAUUAUCAUCAUUAAUAAGUGCAUUAAUAUUACUUUCAAUAGGCACUGUACCACAAAUCUAUACUGUUUAUAAUUUUGAAAAUCCAUUUACUACAAUAUCAAGUUUUUGUAGGGCACGAGCUUAUUUAAAUCAAACAAGUGCUAUGUCAUGUCGUUGGCUAUUAGUUAUGGCUUACAUAGAACGUUGUUUUUCAUGUUCAACUGGUGCUCGUAUUCGAAAAUUAUCUUCUGUAAAUAUAGCUCAAAAAAUAACUAUUAUUAUAACUGAACGUUUUUCUACUUAA